AUGCGGACCAAAGAAGGCCUGGCACGUUUCCCCCAAUGCGGACCAAAGAAGGCCUGCCCCAAUGCGGACGAAGGCCUGGCACGUUUCCCCAAUGCGGACAAAGAAGGCCUGGCACGUUUCCCCCAAUGCGGGACCAAAGAAGGCCUGGCACGUUUCCCCCCAAUCACGGACCAAAGAAGGCCUGGCACGUUUCCCCCAAUGCGGACCAAAGAAGGCCUGGCACGUUUCCCCCAAUGCGGACCAAAGAAGGCCUGGCACGUUUCCCCCAAUGCGGACCAAAGAAGGCCUGGCACGUUUCCCCCAAUGCGGACCCUAAGAAGGCCUGGCACGUUUCCCCAAUGCGGACCAAAGAAGGCCUGGCACGUUUCCCCAAUGCGGACCAAAGAAGGCCUGGCAUUCGCUUCCCCCAAUCUUGGACCAUGCCAUUUCCUGGGACCAAAGAAGGUCCAUUUCCCCAUGGACCAAAGGUCCCCCAUUUCCCACUGUGGACCAAAGGCGGCUCGGUCCAUUUCCCACUGUGGACCAAAGGCGGCUCGGUCCAUUUCCCACUGUGGACCAAAGGCGGCUCGGUCCAUUUCCCACUGUGGACCAGAGGACCAAAGGCUGCUCGGUCCAUUCCACCACCAAAGUGGACCAAAGUGGACCAAAAAGCGGUCCAUUUCCCACUGUGGACCAAAGGCGGCUCGGUCCAUUUCCCACUGUGGACCAAAGGCGGCUCGGUCCAUUUCCCACUGUGGACCAAAGAAGGCUCAGCCUGUUUCCUACUGUGGACCAAAGAAGGCUCAGCCUGUUUCCCACUGUAAACCAAAGAAGACCAAUCCUAUUUCCCCACCAUGA